AUGGCGGUGUCCAACUGUGGUGCAACCAUACUGAAAUGUUCUAAGCACCAAAUGGUUGAUGCCAACUGUGGCGCAACCAAACUGGACUGUUCUAGAGGCAUGGAGGAAACAUCCGGAAACUGGCUGCAAGUCGGCCUCCGAGAGUUGUAUGAGAAGCAGCGUCACUGUGACGUCAUCAUCGCGGUCCAGGGGGAGAGAUUCCCGUGUCACAGAGCGGUGUUAUCCGCUGCUUCCGGUUUCUUCGACGCCAUGUUUACAUCGGGGAUGAAGGAGUCGAAUUCGGAUGUAAUUAGUAUUUCGGAUGUGAAUUCUUCAACGUUUCAAGAUAUUCUCUCCUUUAUUUACCGCGGUGAGACGAUAGUUAACACGAAAAACGUUGAAAGUUUGUUGAAUUCUGCGAACAUGUUCGAAAUAUCGGCCCUUCGGGCGCGCUGUGAAGCUAUCCUUUUGGAUGAACUGUCAGUGGAAAACUGCCUCGGUUUCUGGGUUACAGGAAGGGCGCUGCAGUGUGCGCGUUUGCAAGCGGCAGCUUGGGAUCUCAUUACGUCACAUUUCGAUGAAGUCCGACACAGCGAGGAGUUCAUGCAGCUUGGUAAGGAUGAUUUAAUAACGAUCAUACGGGAUAACAAUCUGAACGUCUCCAAUGAAGAACACGUAUGUAAGUUAGCCAUAUCCUGGAUAAAACAAGACGAGACCGCGCGGAAACACUGCUUCCCGGAUAUCCUAGCCGAACUGAGGCUGUGCCAGAUAAGCUUGGAGUUUUUACUUGACGAUAUUUUUUCUCAGAAGUUUUCUCAGCAUAACGAGUAUUGCGUUAAUCUUCUCAAGGAUGCUAUUAAGUACCAUGCGCUUCCUGAGCGGCGGCACACGUUUGACAGUCUGUCUGUGCGAAUGCGUAAAAACUCCCCGGAUAUCAUGCUGACCUUAGUGCUCGGACGCAGAAUCAAAAAAGGCGGUGAGAGUAUAACAGAGUGUCUCGGCUACAGUAUCAAAGACCGGAAGUGGUUCUCAGUCGCCUCCACUCCGAUCGACCUUGGUGAAGAGUUUGCCAUGUGUCCCUAUGGUAACGACAUUUUUGUUUCCGGUGGUACCACUGAGCCUAAAUCCAUGUAUUUAUUUUCUGCGCAGCAACUGAAAUGGUUCGAGAAAUCAAAAAUGGCGACCGGAAGACAUCGCCACAGUAUGGUUUGUGUGAAGGACAGUGUGUUUGUACUGGGAGGCUAUAACUUCGGCACGGUGUCGACGGUAGAAGAAUUUAAGAUACAGACGAACACGUGGGACAUGGCGGGGCAGUUGAUUCACGCCGUGGAGGGAACAUCGGCCGCCGUGCAUGGGGAACGCAUCUUCCUGUUCGGCGGUUGGAAGGGAUUCACCGAAGAGACGACGGUCAUUCAGUGCUUUGAUACCACAAGCAGUACGUGCACGGUGAUAGGCCACUUGCCGUCGCCGCAGAGACACUCUCGUGCAAUCACGUUUAAGAAGAGAACCUACAUCGUUUUCACAAAUGGGGAGGUUCAUUCGUUCAGGUCUGACGGACGAACGGAGCUCGUGCAUAGAAUGGAGAACUUUUACAAGAAGAAUUUUGGUUUGAUUAAAGAAUCGUCAACUCUGUACAUUCUCGGAGGCUGCGACGAGCCUACCGGAAGUGACGAUUAUGUGAAACGCUAUGACGCAAUCAUUCGUGUAAUGGCAGAUGACAACGAUGGCAUCUUAGCGGAGCAACUUCCGGUUCCGAUGGAGGUGUUUGGCUGUUUCCGGGCGGUGAUAAGACAGAAAUAUCCGCUAGUCGAGUUCAACGAGAGCUUAGCAUUCAGCGACUAAACUCUCCAUGCAUUGUGAAAUGUGUAAAUACGAAUUAAUAUAUUUAAAUUUCCUAAACACAUUCUCAUUUGAAGGAAAUAUUGAACGUAUUUUGUUAUAUUUGAUUUUAAACAGCAUGCAUUUG